CAGAGGACAGAAAGCAUAGCUGCAAAAGGUUUCUCGGUUGAGGAUAGAAUCAAACCCCAGAAUUUAUGCCAAAGCAAUCCAACACAUCACCUCAAUCAUUAAUUUCUCCUAUAAAAUCCCAUUUCUUGAAGGCCAAUGCACAGCAAGAUAAACCUGCACCAAAAAAAGAAAAACAGAGAUGGGUUGGUUUUGGCGAGAGAGAAGAGGGCCAGCGUGGAAGCAAGGAUGGACAGAGCAUACUCUAGCUUCCAUCUCACCGCCUCCUUUUCCCUUACUUGCCAUUUUCUUGAUAAUCUUCCUUCUCCUUUUUUUAUCUUCUUAUUUUAACUACAAGUAUCAGAUACAGCAUACAGUUAUCAAUUUUAAGUUGUUUCUAUUGUUCUUGCCUGUGCUAUUGAUACUGCUUGCGCAGCUUGUAUCCAAGUGUGAGGGUUCCUUUUUUCCUGCUACAAAAGCACGGUAUGGCACGGUUCGUCGAAGCUGGGACUUGCCUUGGGGUGUGGCUGUUUUGGUGGUGGUGCUCCUGGUGAUGAUCUCUUACCAGUCAUCUCUACGGUCGUUUUGGUCUCCGAUUGUAUGGUCUGAUUAAGUUAUUCGGAUAUUCAAAAUCACGGGAUUUAUGUUAUUCUUCUCCUCUUUUGAUGCCUGAUAUUGAUGUAGUAAAGGGUAAAGAAAGAAUUCUCUAAACAACAAACAGAUAAGUGCAACAAGCUUUUGUGAGAUUUUGCAGUUUGUAACUAACAACACCCUUUGUGAGUAUACCAGUUAGUUGUUCUUCUCUAGUGUCCUAAGCCUUAGGAAAUAUGUUUUGGUGAAUGAUAUCAAUGGAGAACUUUAAGAUGAGAGAAAGCCAACAAAUUAUUGCAAGGGCAACAGCAAAAAUAUGAAAGCUAGCAAUUUUUUCAAAUUUCUCAAAAAAAAAAAAAAA